AUGGAGACAGCAGGUGUAGCCCCGGGGGGGUGGAGGUCGGUGGUGGUGUUGUGGGUGGUCGUCCUCCUCGUUAACGGGUCGAGCGGGUUAGUCUGUUACACUGCAGUGGAAUCACUGGACUUAGGCUGCCUCCUGCGGUGGACCUGUCCCCGUGCCAGUCCCAACACCACCUACAGCGUCCAGACCAAGACACAGGGGGGCCCCUGGCAGGACGUCCCCUGGCAGGACGUGUCCUGGUGCGUCCGGGUCUCGUCCCGAAGCUGUGACCUGUCUCAGGCCUUCUCCGACUUUGAGCUCUACAACCUGAUUCGUCUCGGCGUCCACCUCGGCCCCGGCUCCACCGUGUGGCUCAAACCACGCGAGUUCAGCUACAGCGACUUCAGAUUCAGUCGUCCCUCGGUCUCGGUCUCUCAGAGAGACGAGCGGCUGCUGGUGCAGGUGCAGUUCCCCUGCGCUGCCAACAGGAGGUGCUCUCCGGAGAGCUGCUGCCCCAUCUCCGAACUGACUGACCCCCGGACGACAGUGACUGUGUUCAACAGACGCCAGCGCUCAGAAUAUCAGACCCGUACGGUUUGGACCCAGGAGGUCGUGACCUCGGUCGAGUUCUCUGGUUUGUCUCCGGGUCAGAACUACUGCGCCGUGGCCAACUUCUCCCUCCCGGCCUUCUCCAUGGCGGCGUCUCCGAAGUCCAGACCUCAGUGCGUCCAGAUCGUCUCCGUAUCAGGUGUAAAGAGGAGGAAAGAUCAGUCGUGUAUAUAUAAAUAUAUAAAUGUGUUGGGACCUGACAUUUAUCAGAUCUGUCACAACACUGUAAAACAAAAGGAAUCUGGUCCUGGUCCAGAACUCUGGAUCUUUUCUUUGUUUGUUCCUUAAUCCCUGUUUUACAACCGAGUCCAAAGGUGCAGUUAAAUCUCCUGCUGGCAUCUCAGCUCGUUUCUUCAGCCUCACUGUGGAUCCAGCGUGUUCACUCCUGUUUCUGUUCUCCUGCCACAGCGGCCCUGCCUGUGCUGGGUCUCGGCGUGCUGCUGGCGUCUCUGCUCCUCGCCCCGCUCCUCGUCGUGGUUCUGAAGAACCCAGGACGAGCUGCAGUGACUGAAGCUCCACCGAAGACUCCAUCUUCUGCUUGUGAUCCCGUCUCGUUGGACCCCCUCUCCCCGGUCCCAGUCGACCCUUGUGACAUCCACAUCGAGUUCCCUGAAGACCACAUGUCCAUGGAGAUGUCCUCCAGCCUCCCCUCCUCCAGCCAGGACCACACCUCGACCAGCAGUCCUCUCCAUGGGGACAGUGGGGCAGUGUACUGGGACAGCGGGGGGACGGAGCUGGAGCGAGGCCUGGACUCUGUCCUCAGCCUCCCGCCUGUGUGUCUGUCCUCUGAGGAGACGUGUGACAAGAUGAGACUGAUACAAACAGACUGAGUCACAGUCUCUAUAUCCAAAUACCUUGUUAUUUAUCAUAAUAUGUUGUUUAUAUUGUUCUACAAGUAUUGGUCAAUAUGUGGUGACAUGAUUUUCUUACAUGAGCUUUGGCUGGAGACAGAAUGAUCGAGAGCCAACGUCCAACUGUCCCUGAAAUUCAAGAUGAACUGGAGAACCAUGUCCAUGUCUCAUCUGCAAACAUGGAGGAGGCAGAGUUUAUAAGCAAUACGACAGCCAGCCACCAGGUGGCGAUUGAGAUGCUUUGGCUUCACUUUCGAGAAGCUGCCCAGUCGAUGAUCCAAUCUGCCCCAAACUUUAAUAAAUACUUUCUUUGCACAGUUUUUGCAGAAUCUUGCUCACAAACAAACAAACAACAAACAAGGGCUAAAACAUAACCUCCUUAGUGGAGGUCACUAAUUUGAUUAUUGAUUAAUCAUCAAUUAAGCAAAAACGUCAACUUUUAUGGCAAAAAAGCCGAAUAUUCCUCCACAGCCUUGAAGUUAUAUGCAUUUGAUUGUUCGUCUUUGUCUGGACUCUUGCAAUAAAGGUAAUACUUUUUUAGUUCACGAAGUUUGAGUCGGAUAAAAUAAUCAAUAUGAAGAGAUAACUUUUGGCUUCAUGAACUUUUCUCCCCGUUCCCCUUCAAGUCAUUGAUUCCACUCCAGUUCCUCCUCUGACCUCUGACCUCCCGUUCUCCUCGAGCUCAUUAACCACAGACAUCAUGUUCCCGUCCUCUGGAUCGAACUGUUUCUCCCUCUUUUCAAACUGGGAGCACAUUUCACUGGCGGCCACACGAGUCAGGGAAUCGACUGGUGAGUGAGAUCUGCCAGUGGAGCAGAGAUGGUUUACCCGACUGGUCCAGAACGAGAUGUUUAUCUCUGCGUGUGCUCGUCCGCGGAUUCGGUGAAAAGUCUAAAUCUGGUUGCGGUUGUUCCCGCUCUGCGUUCGGUGCCGAGCUCCAGUGUCACUCAACAGGCUCGUCCAAACCAUCAUCUCCAUAAACAGGAACUAAGAAAACUCCUGACCCCCCCC